AUGACGCGCCUGAUUAUCAGAGACGAUCCGCAGACCGCUUCCAGGUACAUUGCGGACUACAUCAUUGAACGCAUCAAAACGUUCGAUCCAAGUCCGGAGCGUCCCUUCGUGCUGGGUCUGCCCACAGGAAGUAGCCCUGUCUUGACAUAUCAGUACCUCGUUCAGCGCCACAAAGCGGGCGACAUAUCCUUCCGCCAUGUCGUCACUUUCAACAUGGACGAGUAUGUCGGCAUUCCGCGAGAGCACCCGGAAAGCUACCACAGCUUCAUGUACAAACAUUUCUUCUCACAUGUAGACGUCCGGCCCGAGAACAUCAACAUUCUCAACGGCAAUGCUCCCGACCUGGAAGCCGAAUGUCAAGCAUACGAGGACAAGAUCGCCAACGUAGGAGGCAUCGAGCUGUUCCUGGGCGGUAUAGGACCUGAUGGACAUAUUGCCUUCAACGAGCCUGGCUCCAGCCUCAAGUCUCGGACCCGCGUCAAAACUCUUGCCUAUGAUACUAUUCUCGCGAAUUCAAGAUUUUUCGGGAACGAUCUGGAUCAAGUUCCCAGGAUGGCCCUGACGGUUGGGGUCCAAACUGUAUUGGAUGCGCGUGAAGUAGUCAUCAUCAUCACUGGCGCGCACAAGGCUUUGGCUCUGCAAAAGUGCCUCGAAGAAGGCAUCAACCACAUGUGGACACUCUCGAGUCUUCAGCUGCACCCGCAUCCGAUGAUCGUCAUUGAUGAGGAUGCCACCCUGGAACUCAAAGUCAAGACCGUCAAAUACUUCAAAAGCAUUGAGAAGGUCGCCACCGAACAGGGAUUCCGACAGAUGCUUCCUAGGAUCAAGAAGCGCGACUCUGUCCAUGAAGAGGAUGACUUUUUGUCUGCGCCCAAACCCCAGCGCAAUGGGCUCACGCUUGCCGUGCCGGCCCAAGACAUGUCCCGCUCAGCCAGCCCUGCGUUGGAACCCAUGAGCGCACGAAUCUCCGGCAACGAGGCAAACGUCUUCCGUCCCGUCGACCUCAAUAGCGAGCUGCAGUUUGGCCCCAUGAGCGCCCGUGUCGCAGGUUAA